AUGUCAUCGCUGUCUACUGAAAAUUCAAAAAUAGACAUAUUAUCACCUACUCUUAAUAAAAAUUCAAAAGACAAAGAAAUUGUUUUAAAACCUAAUUACAGAAGAAAGGAACUUAACACCAAAAAAAUUCAACUAUAUGUAUUUUGGUUCUGGUAUUUGAAAAAUUAUAUCAGACGUCAUCAUCCUGGUCAUUUUCGUGAUGAUCCUGUUGGUUUUAUGAUGGAGAUGGGAGCAUUCUAUCAAGGAACGGGAUGGAGAAGCUACAAAAAUUAUAUUGGUGCUCGGAUAUUGUAUGACGGGUACACUGAAGAAGUAAAAGAACGGAUAUUGAAUAGCGAACGCGGUAAAAAGGAGCUUCUAAUAUUUGAUAUAAUAAUCCUUUCUAUCAAAUGA